AUGCGGUUGGAGUAUCUGCCGCCGCAAGCACACUUGCGUAUAGCCAGCAGCCUGGAGACGGCAAAAGACUUGAAUGCACUAUCACGGACAAAUCGCUACUUUCACAAAGUCACCGGCAGACUGUUGUAUAGCAGAGACAUUACCAAAAAUGAAGCAUGGUGCAUUGUAUGGGCCGUGUCGAUAUCCAGAGUAGCCACCAUUUCAAGAAUUCUCACCUAUCGAAUUGACUUGGACUUUCAGUAUCUGGCCCUGGUAGCCAUCCGAGAAAAGCGACCAGAUGUGCUAGAAUGGUUCUUUCAAAAGGGAUAUCUAUCAUCCGACCAGAUCAACGCUAUUUGCAAAUCCGGAAGAACACUGCUUUUUGAGGCUGUCAUGUCCAAAAGCAUAUCCUGCGCUACUGUUCUACUAAACCGCAGAGCAGACAUUCAAACGCCCGGGAUAGACCAAGAUGAAGCAGAGACCGAACUAGACGGCUUCUACGACGAACCAGAAGAGCAUUUUAUGCCACUGUCGGAAGCCACGGCAAAGGGACAUCUUCAAAUGGUUGAACUGCUGAUUCAAUACAAAGCAGACAUUGAUCUUUCCCAAGAUGGGCCACCAGUGACUAUAGCCGCAACAAAAGGGCAUAUUGCGUGCCUGGAACUGAUGCUCGAUAACGGUGCUGAGGUAGAUAUUGUCGACGACCAAGGAAAGACGCCGCUUCAGCAUGCCAUGGAAAGGGGCCGAUAUAGAGAAGCCGAGCUGCUAAUCUCACACGGAGCCGAUGUACAAGUCUCGGUGCACGACAAAACACCCUUAGAAAUAUUCGCCGGGUUAAAGGAUUGGAGAAUGAUCAAGGUUCUUCUUUAUCGUGGUCUAGACGUCAACACGUUUUCGCACCGUGGCGUCACAUUUCUACACCAUUUCAUACAAGACGACAACAGUGAAGUUCUCGAGGCCAUUCUUGAGUUUAAACCGCGCCUUGCAAGAACAGGCACGGGCGAACUCACCCUCCUCCACAAAGCAGCCGAACUCAACAUGGUCAAGUGCACCAAGGCGCUACUCAACUACUACGAUACUGAUGCGCGAGAUAUCUAUGGCAUGACGCCGCUACUGGUGGCCGUACAGGCAGAAAGCUACGAGACAAUCCGACUGCUGUUGGAGACAGGCGCCGAUGCUGAGGCUCGCAACAAGGCUGGCCGGUCUUGUAUAGACAUCGCCAUGGACCAGCGCAACGGGCGUGUUGCCGAGAUUCUCGCCCAGUCUGGUAUCCGUAUGCCAAAGAAGAUGCAUAGCAAUCCGCCAACGCCUGUUCGUGGAGGAACAAAGUAUCUGCAAACACCUGGCCGCCCUAUCGCACGAGAUUGGUCCAUGUCGCCAAUUACUGAUCUUUCGUGCCAGCAAUGUCCUGAGGAUGGCAAGUCUAGGAGCGCAAAGAAGCGCAAGAGAGAGGAAUAG